GGGUGUGGACUGGAGGAGCAACAGCUGACCACCACAACACCCCAACAACCACUCUCUCGUUUCGUGUUCAUUUUGGAGGUAAAUUCAGCUUGUUCCGUCGUCACCCUUAACUCCCAAACGAUAACAUCACCUUGGUUUUGUUUGUGCAAUGUUCAGUACAUCUCUCUGUCAGCAAUUCUACCAGAGACGAAUUCCUGUAGUAGCUCUCUCACUCUGCAACACUAAUGUUGUGCGCUCACUCUCCGCUGCACCCAGACGUUUCCAAUGUAGAGAGAGUCGCACCACUACAGCCAGUAACCCUCUUCAAAAUGGAAAUAACUUUCAAGUUAUAUAUAAAUUUCCAUACAUCAGAGUGGCUCGUGCACUGUGUCGGUUGAAGAUAUAUCAGACAGCUGUUACUAGUCUUGCUGUCCCUGGCACUGGGUAUCUUGCAUAUGUUGGAGUUGUGCAGCCAGGGAUCUUUAUUUCCGCUACUGUCAUUAAUGCAUUUGCAUGUGUCACGCUGUAUGUUAUGGGCGAAAUUUUCCGUAGGAUAGUUGGCAAUAUUUACUAUGACGGAGAGAGAAGGUUAGUCAAGGUAUCGCAUCUAACAUUUUGGGGAAGACGUAGUGAUGUGUACAUUCCACCCGAGGACAUUAUACCACUGACUGACACUUCUGAUAAUCCUACUGAUAUUUAUACCCAACUGCUAAGAUAUUCACAGCCCAAAUUCAAUCUGUUCCUUUGCCUCAGAUUUGGUGGCAUCAUUGAUGAAGAGAAAUUUAGCAAUGUGUUUGGCCUUCUCAAUCCAGAGGAACAGAUGAAAACAUUUAAUAGUUCAGAAAAGUGA